GGGCAGCAAAGCCCCCGCAGCUGGGCUGGCGGCGUCGCUGGCCGCGCCCAGGCCCCGCCCCGCCCCAGCAGCCGCGGAUCCGAGCGCGCCGGCGGUGACAGUAGCUCGGCCCCGGGAGCCCUGGAUCCGCGCGCCACGCCCCCUGCCCGCGGAGGCACGCCCCCUCCCGCCUCGACCCUCUCGGGGGGCCCAGGCGGGGCCCAAAUCUCCGCCAGCCUCGCCGCCAUUGCCUGCGCCGCGUCCCUAGCUCUGCGAAGGACAGGCCUCGCGGCAGGACCCCCAUCGACUUCUGAGGUGCCAGGAUGGUGGGGGAACUCCGCUACAGGGAAUUCAGGGUGCCCCUGGGGCCCGGCUUACAUGCCUACCCAGAUGAGCUGAUCCGCCAGCGGGUGGGCCACGAUGGGCAUCUUGAGUUCCAGAUCCGCUGGCUCGUCCUCAGGCGCGGGGAUGAUGGGGAAGGGGGCUCUGGCCAAGUGGACUGCAAGGCUGAACACAUCCUGCUGUGGAUGACCAAUGAUGAGAUCUAUGCCAACUGCCACAAGAUGCUGGGUGAGGAUGGCCAGGUCAUCGGGCCCCCCCAGGAGUCUGUCGGGGAGGCCGGGGCCCUGGACAAAUCUGUCCUGGGGGAGAUGGAGACUGAUGUGAAGUCCCUGAUUCAGAGGGCCCUGCGGCAGCUGAAGGAGUGCGUGGGUACCAUCCCUCCUGCCCCUCUGCUCCACACUGUCCAUGUGCUCAGCGCGUAUGCCAGCAUCGAGCCCCUCACCGGGGUAUUCAAAGACCCCAGGGUCCUGGACUUGCUUAUGCACAUGUUGAGUAGUCCUGACUAUCAGAUUCGCUGGAGUGCAGGCCGGAUGAUACAAGCCCUGGCCUCCCACGAUGCUGGGAGCCGCACCCAGAUCCUUCUGUCGCUGAGCCAGCAAGAGGCCAUUGAGAAACACCUGGAUUUUGAUAGCCGCUGUGCUCUGCUGGCGCUGUUCGCACAAGCCACGCUCUCUGAGCACCCCAUGUCUUUUGAGGGCAUUCAGCUGCCACAGGUCCCGGGAAGGCUGCUCUUCUCCCUGGUCAAGCGCUAUUUGCAUGUCACCUCCCUCCUGGAUCAGCUGAAUGACAGUGCUGUGGACCCGGGGGCCCAGAACAACUCUGCUCCUGAGGAGUUGAGUGGGGAGAGGAGUCGGCUGGAGCUGGAGUUCAGCAUGGCCAUGGGGGAACUGAUCUCAGAGCUGGUGCAGGCCAUGCGCUGGGACCAGGCCUCCAGCCGAUCGGGAAGCCCGGCCCGCUCGGCCUGUUCCAUCUUUCAGCCCCAGCUGGCAGGUACCAGCCUGGGAAUCCCACCCGCCCAGGCCCGGCCCUCCCUCAGGAGGUCAAGGCAGUUCCGCCCUCGCUCUGAGUUCGCCAGCGGCAAUACCUAUGCCUUGUACGUGCGGGAUGUACUGCAGCCAGGGAUGCGAGUGCGGAUGCUGGAUGAUUACGAGGAGAUCAGCGCCGGGGACGAGGGCGAGUUCCGGCAGAGCAACAACGGCAUGCCCCCUGCGCAGGUGUUGUGGGAGUCAACAGGCCACACCUACUGGGUACAUUGGCACAUGCUGGAAAUCCUGGGCUUUGAGGAAGACAUUGAGGACGUGGUUGAGGCUGAUGAGAACCGGGGGGCCAUGGUUCGUGGAACCCUGGGUUUAGCCCUGCCCUCAUGGCGGUGGAAGCCCAUGACAGAGCUCUACGCCGUGCCUUAUGUGCUGCCUGAGGAUGAGGAAACAGAGGAGAGUGAGCACCUGACCCAGGCCGAGUGGUGGGAGCUCCUUUUCUUCAUCAAGAAGCUGGAUGAACCCGACCAUCGGGAAGUUCUUCAGAUUCUCCAGGAGAACCUGGAUGGGGAGGUUCUGGAUGAUGAGACCCUGGCUGAGCUGGCCAUGCCCAUAGAGUUGGCCCAAGACCUGCUGUUAUCUCUGCCUCACCGACUCGAUGACAGCACCCUCAGAGACCUGCUCAACUGCCGUGUCUACAGGAAGUAUGGGCCCAAGGCCCUGUCUGGGCAGCUGGCCUACCCAUCCCUUCUAGAAGCCCAGAAAGAUGCCCCCCUGCUGGAAGCCCGGACCCAGCUUCAGGAGUCAGAAGAUGGAGCCAGAGCAGAAGCAAAAGAACCGCAGGCUCAGUGCUCCAACACUCCCCUGCAGCGUCUGGUGGAGGGUUCCGGUCCAGCUGGGAAAAUCCUCCUGGAUCUGGAGCAAGCCCUCAGCUCAGAAGGGACCCAGGAGAGCAAGGUCAGGCCACUCCUGCUGCAGCUCCAGCGGCAGCCCCAGCCCUUCCUCACACUGAUGCAAAGCCUCGACUCUGCAGCGUCCAACAGGGCUCUGCACCUGACUGUUUUGAGAAUCCUGAAGCAGCUGGUGGACAUCCCUGAGGCGCUGCUGCUCCCCUGGCAUGAGGCCAUGGACGCCUGCAUGGCCUGCCUGUGGUCCCCAAAUACUGACCGCGAGGUGCUUCAGGAACUGAUCUUCUUCCUGCAUCACCUGGUCUCAGUGAGCAGGGACUAUGCGGUGUUGCUGAAUCAGCUGGGAGCCCGCGAUGCCAUCUCCAAGGCCCUGGAAAAGCACCUCGGAAAGCUGGAGAUGGCUCAGGAGCUGCGGGAUGUGGUGUUCAAGUGUGAGAAGCAUGCCCACCUCUACCGGAAACUUACCACCAACCUCCUGGGGGGCUGCAUCCAGAUGGUGCUGGGCCAGAUUGAAGACCACAGACGAACCCACCAACCCAUCAAUAUCCCCUUCUUUGACGUGUUCCUCAGAUAUCUGUGCCAGGGCUCCAGUGUAGAAAUGAAGGAGAAUAAGUGUUGGGAGAAGGUGGAGGUGUCCUCCAACCCACACCGGGCCAGCAAGCUGACAGACCGCAAUCCCAAGACCUACUGGGAGUCCAACGGCAGCACCGGCUCACACUCCAUCACCCUGCACAUGCACCAGGGCGUCCUCAUCAGGCAGCUGACUCUGCUGGUGGCCAGUGAGGACUCGAGCUACAUGCCAGCCAGGGUGGCAGUGUUUGGUGGUGACAGCACCAACUCUCUCAACACAGAACUCAACUUGGUCAACGUGAUGCCCUCUGCCAGCCGGGUGGUCCUCCUGGAGAAACUGAACCACUUCUGGCCCAUCAUCCAGAUCCGCAUAAAGCGCUGCCAGCAGGGCGGCAUCGACACGCGCAUUCGCGGCUUGGAGGUCCUGGGCCCCAAGCCCACGUUCUGGCCGGUGUUCCGGGAGCAGCUGUGCCGUCACACACGCCUCUUCUACAUGGUCCGGGCGCAGGCCUGGAGCCAGGACAUAGCAGAGGACCGCAGGAGCCUGCUGCACCUGAGUUCUAGACUUAACGGGGCUCUGCGCCAUGAGCAGAAUUUUGCUGAUCACUUCCUGCCUGAUGAUGAGGCCGCCCGGGCGCUGGGCAAGACCUGCUGGGAGGCCCUGGUCAGCCCCCUGGUGCAGAACAUCACCUCCCCCGAUGAGGAUGGCACCAGCCCCUUGGGCUGGCUGCUGGACCAGUACCUGGAGUGUCGGGAAGCCGCCCACAACCCCCAGAGCCGCGCGGCUGCUUUCUCCUCCCGGGUGCGCCGCCUCACCCACCUGCUGGUGCACGUGGAGCCCUGCGAGGCGCCCCCUCCACUGGUGGCCACUCCCCGGCCCAAGGGCAGGAACAGAAGUCACGACUGGAGCUCCUUGGCUACCCGGGGGCUUCCAAGCAGCAUCAUGAGAAACCUGACACGCUGUUGGCGGGCGGUGGUGGAGGAGCAGGUGAACAAUUUUCUGACCUCAUACUGGCGGGACGAUGACUUUGUGCCACGCUAUUGUGAACACUUUGAUAAUCUGCAGAAAUCGAGCUCCGAGCUGUUUGGGCCACGGGCAGCCUUCUUGCUGGCACUACAGAAUGGCUGCGCUGGGGCCUUGCUGAAGCUCCCCUUUCUCAAAGCUGCUCAUGUGAGCGAACAGUUUGCCCGGAACAUUGACCAGCGGAUCCAGGGCAGCCGGAUUGGCGGAGCCCGGGGGAUGGAGAUGCUGGCCCAGCUCCAGCGAUGCCUGGAAACUGUCCUGGUUUUCUCCGGCCUGGAGAUAGCCACCACCUUUGAGCAUUACUACCAACAGUACAUGGCGAACCGUCUCCUGGGCGUUGGCUCGAGCUGGCUGGAGGGGGCCGUGCUGGAGCAGAUUGGUCCCUGCUUCCCCAACCACCUCCCCCAGCAGAUGCUGCGGAGCCUCAACACCUCCGAGGAACUGCAGCGCCAGUUCCACGUCUACCAGCUCCAGCGGCUCGAUCAGGAGCUCCUGAAGCUGGAGGAUACAGAGAAGGAAAUACAGGUGGGUCGGGAGGCCAGUGGCAAGGUGCAGGGGAGAGAGAAGGAAGAGGAAGCUGAAGCAGGGGUGGCGGAGGAGGUGGAGGAAGAGGAGGAGAACGAGGACCUCUACUAUGAAGGGGCAAUGCCAGAAGUGUCUGUGCUGGUGCUGUCACCGCGCUGCUGGCCUGUUGCCUCCAUCUGCCACACGCUGAACCCCAGGACCUGCCUGCCCACCUACCUGCGGGGCACCGUGAACCGAUACUCCAAUUUCUACAACAAGAGUCAGAGCCACCCUGCCCUAGAGCGAGGCCCACGUCGGUGGCUGCAGUGGACGUGGCUGGGCCGGGCUGAGAUGCAGUUUGGGGACCAGACCCUGCAUGUGUCCACUGUGCAGAUGUGGCUGCUGUUGAAUUUCAACGAUCUGAAGGCGGUGUCUGUGGAGAGUCUGCUGGCGCUCUCGGGGCUCUCUGCAGACAUGCUGCAUCAGGCAAUUGGGCCUCUCACCUCUUUGAGAGGCCCCUUGGACCUUCAUGAGCAAAAGGACGUCCCGGGAGGGGUGCUCAAGAUUCGAGAUGGCAGUGAAGAGCCCAGACCAAGGAGGGGCAAUGUGUGGCUCAUCCCCCCUCAGACGUACCUGAAAGCUGAGGAUGAAGAAGGCCGGAACUUGGAGAAGAGACGGAACCUUCUGAACUGCCUCAUCGUGCGAAUCCUCAAGGCCCACGGGGAUGAGGGGCUGCAUAUUGACCAGCUGGUCUGUCAGGUGCUAGAGGCUUGGCAGAAAGGCCCAUGUCCUCCCAGGGAUUUGGUCAACAGUCUUGGUAGGGGAUCUGCCUGCAGCAGUACAGAUGUCCUCUCCUGCAUCCUACACCUCCUGGGCAAGGGCACGGUGAGGCGCCACGACGACCAGCCCCAGAUGCUGUCCUAUGCAGUGGCCGUGACUGUGAUGGAGCCUCACACUGAGUCCCUGAACCCAGGCUCCUCAGGCCCCAACCCACCCCUCACCUUCCACACCCUGCAGAUUCGCUCUCGGGGUGUGCCCUAUGCCUCAGGUACCAGUACCCAGAGCUUCUCUACCUUCCGGUAGCCCUGGGGAUGGGUCAGGGUUAGGUAGGGCAGGGGCUUUCUACAGAAAUAAAAUGCAGGAGUUUGAUUA